AGAUGUGACAGGAGUAGUGUCUUAAUGUGGGUCUCGAGCAGACUGGCGCCAAUCCUUCUUUCACAAACGGAGUCCCACUUAAUCAAGGAUCUGCGGACCCUCUUAAAGGUACACGCAACAAUGCACCAAGCUGGUUGCUCAAUGCCGCCAGACGCAGGAUUAGACUGUUGCACGGACUGUGUUGUAAAAGUGACACAAUUUAUUCUGUUCGUAACAUCGCGAGCCGUCUGGUUAGGAUUAACGUUGCGCUACACGAAGGCAUGUAUGGCUACAAACUAGCAGACAAGUAUACAUUCUCUGGUUAAAUCUAAUGUAUCGGAGGGUACAAGUUAGGUAGGCAAGCAAUAGUCAAUGAAAGGUGGAAGACAAACACCAACCAAAGACUAUUUUUGAGCCAAAGUGAUAGGCUACAAGAACUGGAAAAAAGCCCCCCUUCCUCAGCUUGGCUGGAUCUGUCAAAACCACGCCUAUGGAACUCUACAAUUGGUCCAGAAAGCGUAAAAUCGGCAAUCAAGGAGGGAUGCUUCAUUAGUGUCUGGAAACAGAGGGGAGGAAUAUGCGAGACACUCACUGUGACGGGGCAAGAGGACCUAGAGCUUAUAAACUGCGCUCAAUUUGUUUGCCUUUUUGUUUAAGAGUUUUUUUAUUUUUCGGUUUGACGGAACUGGAGAAGAAGGGGAUCAUUGGUUAUACUUUGAAAGCGUGAACACUGUCUUCUGGAAGGAUAUUAUCUUUACUUUUGUCGGAGCAUCGGCAGCGGGAAUAGUUUACCAGAUAUUUCCCUCCACAGUCACGGGGCUGUGUGUUGCUUUCGCCAGCGACAUCGGGCUCACAUUUUCUGCCAAUAGCGACAACUGAACAUUUCCUCUGAGCUGAAGGCUUUGUGAUUCAACUUACUAUAGGCUACACAUAUAAUAUUUCUUUACGACAUUUUUUGGAUGCACCGAUGAGAGAUCCAGUUUUCACAGGGACUACCAUGGCUUAUCACCCUUUCCACGCUCACCGGCCGGCUGACUUCCCCAUGUCAGCCUUUCUUGCCGCUGCUCAGCCUUCUUUUUUCCCGGCACUGACACUGCCUCACGGUGCCCUGACGAAGCCACUAUCGGACCAUGUUCUCAGUGGGGCGGCGGAGGCUGGGUUGCACGCCGCGUUGGGACAUCACCACCAGGCGGCACAUCUUCGGUCUCUAAAGAGCUUGGAACCGGAGGAAGACGUAGAGGAUGAUCCAAAAGUUAUCUUAGAGGCGAAAGAUCUCUGGGAUCAGUUUCACAAAAUUGGAACCGAAAUGGUCAUAACAAAAUCAGGAAGGAGAAUGUUUCCGCCCUUCAAAGCACGGAUAAAUGGCCUGGAUAAAAAAGCAAAAUAUAUCCUCUUGAUGGAUAUAGUUGCUGCUGAUGACUGUCGAUACAAAUUUCACAAUUCUCGUUGGAUGGUUGCUGGAAAAGCCGAUCCGGAGAUGCCCAAGCGAAUGUACAUCCAUCCGGACAGUCCUGCUACGGGCGAGCAAUGGAUGGCGAAGCCAGUUACUUUUCAUAAACUCAAGCUGACGAACAAUAUAUCGGAUAAGCAUGGAUUCUUUGUCCUUCCACAGACUAUACUGAAUUCCAUGCACAAAUACCAACCCCGCUUUCACAUCGUCAGAGCCAAUGAUAUUUUGAAGCUUCCAUACAGCACCUUCAGGACUUAUCUUUUUCCAGAGACGGAUUUCAUCGCUGUCACUGCAUAUCAAAAUGACAAGAUCACACAGUUAAAAAUUGAUCACAACCCGUUCGCAAAAGGAUUCAGGGACACAGGAAAUGGGCGGAGAGAAAAAAGGAAACAAUUAAGCCUUCCAUCGCUACGUAUGUACGAGGACCAGUGCAAGGUGGACCGAGAUGGUGCGGACUCUGAUGAGUCCUCUUGCGAUCAACCGACUGGGAGGGACUCCGUUCACUCCCCGCUUGGGGACGUGACCAGCCCACUCAAAUUUAACAGAACCAGUCGAGAUGACAGAACCUGCACUGAAAGCGACCAAGAACUUGACCACGAGGAGGACAGAUCCAGCCCAGGCCCAGUGUCCCCAUCCACCUUCAGCCCGCACUGCGAGGACAGGGCGAAAGACAGGACAUGCGUGGACAAGAAGAACGACAACUUGGAUUCCAGGAAAGACUCUUCUGAUUCCGUUUUAAGCAUCAGGAACCUCGAGAAGAACAAGGGAGACGUCGUCGUCGUCGCGAAUCGGAAAGACUCCGAACCCACCAAGAAGGACACCGAGUGCUCUGGCCUGGGCGCGGUCAAAGAGGGCUUUUCUCCGGUGAUGACAGAAAGUCCGUCGCAUUUUAGCGCGAGUCACUUGCAGAGUCUGGCCCUCUCCGGUCUGCACGGGCAGCAUUUCUAUAACCCCCUGAACACCGGAACGCCACUGUUUCUCCACCCGGGGCAGUUCGCCAUGAACCCGGGGGCCUUCUCCACCAUGGGCAUGGGCCACCUGCUGGCCUCCAUGUCUGGAGCUGCAGGCCUGGAGAACGGAGGCCUGUCACCUCAAAGUGCCAGCCCAAGCGCAUUCCCCUUCCACUUUUCCCAGCACAUGCUGGCCUCUCAGGGUAUUUCGAUGCCUCCUUUCGGGGGACUGCUUCCGUACCCCUACACCUACAUGGCGGCGGCGGCGGCAGCGGCAUCCGCUCUGCCCUCUGGUGGCGGCAGGAGUCAUUUCCUGGGCAACUCGCGACAGCGGCUGCGCUUCAACCCCUACCAGCUCCCCAUGUCCAUCCCGCAGAACGCUAACCUACUCGCCCACUGCUUUCCAGGCAGCAUGAACACCGAAUCCGAGUCCUCGGUGUCGGCCAGCCGGGAGACGAGCCCGGUGUCGGAACACCAUAGCUCUAAGUCAUCGGCCAGCCAGAGGACUGGGUCUCCCAAAACCACAGUGAAGGAUUCUACGAACGAGUUGCAAAACAUACAAAGGCUGGUGAGCGGACUCGAAAAGAAGAAGGAGGCGUCAUCAGGCAGAGAGUCUCCAAAGUAACCGGUUCUCAUAAACACCCGUGUUUUUGUACUCUUGUGCAGCAAGUCAAGCAAGGGUGGUGGACAGAGAGUGGAGUUAUUUUGUCGGAUGUUGGACGUACAGCCAGAUGACGUACGCAGGUGGUCACAUUUCCCUUCAUGGUUGGUAGGACUGAUCACAACAGGAUGACCAGCUUAUGCCCUUUGUCUAUCUAAGGUGAUGGCAGCUUAUGGUGUAAGUGUGGCUGAGUGAGGAAAGGAGCGCAUGGCGGGCAUCCACUGCCUGACGAAAGCCAUCUGAGGGAGGAGAUUGUGGUCUGUGGUUGGGUGGGGCACUCCUGACAUAGCUUCAUCCAAAUAUGCAUUGUAAAAGGGAUGGGAAAGCUGAGAUCAGCAUGAAAGAUUCUGGAUUUAAAAAAAAGUACUUGCUGGUUACCUGGUGUGUGUGUGGGACCUUGUUUUUUUUUUAUUAUUUAUGUUAAAAUAUUUUUGUAAAUAUGUUCAGUGCAUUGAAGGACAAAGUCUUAAUUUAUUGAAAGCUGUACAUGGAUGUGUAAAUAUUGUUAGGUUUUAAUUUGUUACAUUUAUAUAAAUAUAUUACCUUUUACAUGACAAUAUACUGUAAAUAAAUACUAAUUAGUGCUUGGUUGUUUGAAACGAAUGUGUUUGGGUAUUUGUGAUGCAUUGCUGUUAAGUCUGCCUGACCUGUGAAGGAAAGGACUACCACCAUGAUUUUGUCCGGCUCUCAUUAUGUUUUUUGUUUUGUUUUGUUUUGUUUUUUUAACAUAAUAAAACAUUGCGUUGCUAUAUAAACCAUUUGAGACAGUAAUGCAAUAUAUGCAGGGAAAACUCAGGUUUCUUUUUAAUCUGGCACGAGUGACAUUUACAAUUUUCAGACAAAUUCAAAUUUGCCUCUUGUUCUGGAUGUUCGGGUAAAUGGAUAUCAUUUUCUUGAAUUCUCUCUUUCAAUAAAAAGAAUGUGUUGUUAA